AUGGCAGCUACACAUGGAAUCUCAUCAACCAAACAUUACAGCAGUGGCCACAGAGCUGCGCUGAGACGAAAAGUGGGUAACCCUUACAUCACCACUAUUGAUUUCAUUUCCAUUGUUAUUGGAUUCUAUGGAUACCACAAAAUCACUACAAUUCAACUACCUCCUCACUUGGAAGAUGCAGGACACUGGCAAUUCUUGACAAACUUGUCACUAGUGUACUCCCUUUUCGUAUUCAUUGUGGGAUUCAUUGCCCACAUUACCAAAUCACAAACAUUGUUUCUUUUCAAAAAUAAUUUACACCCUAUUGGACUUGCUUUGGAGACUAUUGUUGCUGGUGUUUAUUGGCCUUUACGAUUAUUUUGUCUUCAUUUAUUGACUAAAGACCCAGCCAAUUUCAACUUACCAUUAACUACUGAUCUUUGCAUCCAUUUGAUGCCAGUUGUUAGUUUGCUCAUUGAUUAUUUGAUCUUUAUGCCAAGAUGGACCAUUUCCAAUAAUACUGCAUUAGGGUUUGUUGUGUUGUUGACUACAUUUUAUUGGUUCUUGUUGGAUAACUUGAUUGAUGUUGAUAAUGGUGGUAGUUACCCUUAUGAGUUUUUGAAUGUUGAAAAAGAUGGUCAGCGUAUUUUUGUGUUUGCUGUUGUUGCAUUGGUUGCUUUCGCUCAGUUUUUGUUUAUGAGAAGAGUUUACGAUUGGAUUGUUGGCAAGACUGAAGACGCUUCUGAAAGGAUUGAUCAGGAAUUAGACAAAAAGGAGUUGUAA